CUUGGAAAGAGUAUAGUAUACACAUAUAUAUUUUGUAUGUAUCCAAGCAAGCUGUGACACGAAUUCAACAUUCGAGAAACCUGGCCCUGAAUUACAGAACAGAACUCAUUCAAUAUUAAACACUUGCUACAACCAAACGGAACAACUUGCGAUCGAACAAAAUCCAAGCCAAGAUUAGAUGCGUACCACAAAAAAAGCGCGUGUUUCGGUGGGCGGCACACGCAAAUAUUAUGCGAAACGGCGUCGCGACAGUCAGAUAUGCCGACUCCGAAGCCCGAAGAAGAAGUUCAAGCAGGAUUUGAAGAGCCUGAUCUACAAAUAUAAGCGUACGGUUAGGCAAAAGGUAACGGAGAGCCGGGCGGAAAUCGCCAUCUUCAAGUACACCGUGAUCAGUGAUUUUCUGCAAAUGGAUCAGGUGUUGCCCAUCGGCAAGAAACGCCCCACGCCCAAACGCAGCCAGGCAAACAUGCUGAAGAAGUCGAUGAAGCGUACGAAGACGAGCCAGUCGCGGGCCGAGAUCUGCGAGGAGGAUUCCAAUCCCAAGUGAGCAGAGCCACAAAUUGGCUUAAGACGUUUGCGUUUUGGAUCAUGUAUUAGCUCAACUCUUAAGAUGCAACAUUUGAUUCCAAAUUAAAGUUAAGGCUCUUAAAAGAAA